CUGUCCCCGUCUCUUUCAUUUCAUGGACAAGAGAGAGAGAGAGAGAGAGAGAGAGAGAGAGAGAGAGGGGAUGGAAGGGAAGAGUGGAAGAACAGUGGGAUAAACAUUAAUGGGUAUCCCAAUCACAAUUCCUCACCCAUAAAGAGAUAUUCCCGGAGGAGAAUCUCAACUGAUGAUCUGAUUAGCAAAAAGCCUUAAAAAAAAGCAGCCAUAGAAAGCAAGCAAGCAAAGGCGAAGCAGUGCAAAGAAGAAGGAAACUGCAACCACAACUGAACACAACACAACAGAGCACAACACAACAAAGAUCACUGGUCCCCUAUUAUACAUCAUUCGCAAAGCUUCCCUCCCUCCCUCCCUCCUUCCCUCUCCCUCUUGUUCUAUCAUUGAUGAUUGAUAAGCUCAGCUCCUGCCCAACUCGUUUAUCAUACCACCCUCUCAAUUUCACCACUUAAAUCAGAGGAUUCCACAGCUCUCCCUCCACUAUUUUUUUUUCAGCCUGGGAGUUUCGUGUUGUUUCUUGGUUUGUCUGCAUUGGUUUGGUUUGGUUUGGUUUGGUUUGGUUUGGUUUAAUUUGGUUUGGUGGGUCGUCGACGAUUCUUGUUCCAGUGCUUCAGACAAAAAGAGACAAGCUCUAGAAAUUUCUCUGCUUUUUAUUCAUCCCUUUUCUUUCUCAUCCACCAUCGACUUGAUCGAGCUGGGUGAGGUAUUGAUCCCUUCUGGGUUAUUAGUCUCCUUCUUGCACUUCAACUUGGGAUGCAAAUGGGCUUCCGGUGACUCUUCUGCUUCAGAGACUGCUCAGAGAUGGAUCUUGAAGGUGUUCUCGGCAGCAGCAGUAACCCCAUCAAGAAGCAGUCAUGGCGGACGGUGCUAACGCUGGCCUACCAGAGCCUCGGCGUAGUGUACGGGGACCUCAGCACUUCCCCUCUGUAUGUCUACAAAAGCACGUUCGCGGAGGACAUCCAGCACUCGGAGACCAACGAGGAGAUUUUCGGCGUCCUAUCCUUCGUCUUCUGGACGCUCACCCUGAUCCCGCUCAUCAAGUACGUGUUCAUCGUCCUCCGGGCCGAUGACAACGGCGAAGGCGGCACCUUUGCGCUGUACUCCCUCCUCUGCCGGCAUGCCCGGGUGAGCUCCCUGCCCAAUUGCCAGGUGGCCGACGAAGAGCUAGCGGAGUACAAGAAGGAUGGCAACAGGAAGGGGAAUGUUGGGUCGAGCCUGAAAUCGACCCUGGAGAGGUGCCCGUUCCUGCAAAAAGUGCUGCUGGUCUUGGCUUUGCUUGGGACUUGUAUGGUGAUUGGUGAUGGUGUGCUCACUCCUGCAAUUUCAGUUUUCUCUGCAGUGUCAGGCUUAGAGCUUUCCAUGGCCAAAGAGCAGCACAAAUAUGUUGAAGUCCCAGUAGCAUGCGUAAUACUCGUGUUUUUGUUCGCUCUGCAACACUACGGGACCCAUCGAGUGGGCUUCCUGUUCGCUCCAAUAGUCAUCACGUGGCUUUUCUGUAUCAGCGUGAUUGGAGCGUACAAUAUCUUUCACUGGAACCCGCAGGUCUAUCAGGCCCUCUCGCCGUAUUAUAUGUAUAAGUUCUUAAAGAAGACUCAGAGGGGAGGGUGGAUGUCUCUGGGUGGGAUUCUACUUUGCAUAACAGGAUCAGAAGCUAUGUUCGCUGAUCUGGGGCAUUUUUCACAGUUGUCGAUCAAGAUAGCGUUCACCUUUGUGGUAUAUCCUUCCUUAGUUCUCGCGUACAUGGGACAAGCUGCUUACCUUUCUAUGCACCAUAAAAUGGAAAGUGACUAUCACAUUGGCUUCUAUGUAUCAGUUCCUGGAAAAAUAAGGUGGCCUGUUCUGGUGAUAGCAAUACUUGCGGCUGUGGUUGGGAGUCAAGCGAUCAUAACCGGGACAUUUUCAAUAAUCAAGCAGUGCUCCUCCCUUGGAUGCUUCCCUAGGGUCAAAAUCGUCCAUACAUCCUCAAAGAUUCAUGGCCAGAUUUACAUCCCGGAGAUCAACUGGACUCUGAUGCUACUGUGCUUAGCGGUUACUGUUGGAUUCAGGGACACAAAACGCAUGGGCAAUGCAUCAGGUUUGGCGGUUAUUACCGUUAUGCUCGUGACCACCUGCCUGAUGUCCCUGGUCAUUGUUCUGUGCUGGCACAAGAGCGUACUCCUUGCUGUUUGCUUCAUUUUCUUCUUUGGCACGAUCGAAGCACUCUAUUUCUCGGCGUCCCUUAUCAAGUUCCUCGAGGGAGCAUGGGUCCCUGUUGCCCUCUCGCUCAUCUUCAUGGCCCUGAUGUACGUGUGGCACUAUGGUACACUCAAGAAGUAUGAGUUUGACGUCCACAACAAAGUCCCCAUCAACUGGCUCCUGGGCCUGGGCAGUAAUCUUGGGAUCGUCCGGGUACGAGGGAUCGGCUUGAUAAACACCGAACUCGUCUCUGGGAUCCCUGCUAUCUUCUCCCACUUUGUCACAAACCUCCCUGCUUUCCACCAGGUUGUGGUGUUCCUCUGCAUCAAAUCCGUCCCGGUGCCGCAUGUGGGGCCAGAGGAACGGUUCCUCGUGGGCCGGGUUGGCCCAAAGGAGUACCGGGUUUACCGGUGUAUAGCCCGUUACGGGUACCGCGAUGUCCAUAAGGAUGAUCUAGAGUUUGAGAGGGAUCUCUUUUGCAGUAUAGCGGAGUUCGUGAGGUCAGAGACGUCAGAAUGCAUUCUCAGGGUCGUCGAUGACCCAGACGACGAGAAACUGACAGUCGUUGGGACUUCAUCCUCUAACUUGGAAGGCGUCCAACUGUGUGAAGAGGAUGUUAUUUCUGAAUUGUCCUCGAAGGGAGAUAAUUCUGUAGAACUGGAUGAGAUAAAGUCUACGGAAAACAAUAAACCGAGGAAACGGGUGAGGUUUCUUGUGCCUGAAUCUCAGGAAAUGGACCGGGAUACGAAGGUGGAGUUAAAGGAACUGAUGGAGGCGCGGGAGGCGGGCAUGGCAUUUAUAAUGGGUCACUCCUAUGUGAGGGCGAAAAGAGGGUCGAGCCUGAUGAAGAGGCUUGUGAUCAAUUUCGGGUACGAUUUUCUGAGGAGGAACUCGAGGGGCCCAAGCUAUGCGCUGAGCAUUCCUCAUGCAUCGACACUCGAGGUCGGGAUGGUGUAUCAGGUUUGACCGAGCUGUUUGUAUGUAGAAUAUACUCCAGCGUAUCGAGUAAUAUUAUUGUACAUGGUAGAAAAGAAAAAGGAGGGUUUCGUAUGUUGAUUGCCCCUGCUGCUAUAGAAAAAAGCUAACAUGUAUGCAGAGCAGAGGAAUUGUCGGAGGAAAUCAAUCAGUCUAUACAAAUUUUCCAGCCA